CACUUAAAUCCUUAGGAUAUGAUUCUGUAGACACUUGAAAACUAGGUCAUGAUCCUAUAGACACUUGAAACUAGGCUAUGAUCUUGAUUUUUGUUAGAGCAUUUGGAAUUUGGGUUAUGUUUGAUGAGAUAUUUUAAAUAAUUUUAGCAAUGUACUUCUUAUGUGUAGUAAUAAUAAUUGUUGCACUGUCUAUAUUUCUUGAUUCUUUGUUAACUAGGUAUCAUGCCACCCAAAAAGAAGAGAGUAGCUAAUUCCAAUAGCGAGGAACCUAUUGUUAAUUUGCGAAGGCCAACCAAAGCAAGGGUUGAUACUGAGGCUGAAGUCACUCAAGACAUGAGAGAUAAUGAACGUCCUAGGGUGACACGCACUGAUCCUUUGGAUGAAGUUGCUGCCCGACUGUUGGACAGGUUGGCCCAUGUUGCUAGUAGAGGCGUAGGUAGAGUAGAGGCAAGGGCUGGUUGCUCUUUUGAGACUUUUAUGAAGCAGAAUCCCCCUUCCUUUGAUGGGAAGCCAAAUCCUACAGAAGCUGAGAAUUGGUUCUUGCAAAUGGAGAAAUUGUUAGAAGCUUUAGAUUGCACUGACUCUCAGAAGGUGCGGUUUGCAACUUUCAAGUUGAUUGGAGAAGCUGAGCGUUGGUGGAGAUCUACUAAAGCCAUUUUGGAGGGAAUGGACACUGAGAGAAAUCCCAUCACUUGGGAGAAAUUUAAAGGGGUUUUCUAUGAUAACUACUUCCCCGAGGUGGUUCAAGAAUGAAAAGAGAGGGAAUUUGCUGAUUUGGUGCAAGGAAGUAUGACUGUUGAGCAGUAUGCUGCUAAAUUCAUCGAGUUAUCUCGCUUUGGACCCCACUUAAUCCUUACUGAGGCGAAGAAAGCAAGCAGAUUUCAAAAGGGAUUGAAUGAGAGACUUCGACACCAUUUGAUUGCAGCAGGGGUUGAUAACUAUGCAGAGUCAGUUAAGAGAGCUAUGAGACUGGAGGAAGAUUUCAAGAACAAUGUUAGGAAGGAGAACCCACCUAGAAACACUGGACAAACAGGCUUUCGUCAAGGCAAUGCUCAAGGUCAUUGGAACAAGAAAGGAUCUUUUGGGAGGUCUGGGAAUAAUUCAUCAUCAAAUAAGCCAGAAAAUAAGAAUCCACCCCAGAAUGCUCAAGGUAGAAGUUUGAAUGCUUGCCCUACAUGUGGAAGGUUUCAUGGAGAUAAGCUGUGUUUCUUUGAAGGAAAGGCUUGUUAUAACUGUGGGAAGACAGGACACUUAGCUAGAAGCUGUACUUCUCCUCAACAAAACUCAAUGGCACAACCUGGAAAGAAUGAUCAGAGGAGGAAAGCGCAAGGGAGAGUGUUUGCACUCACACCACAAGAUGUUCAAGCUUCGGAUACUGUGGUUACAGGUAUCCUCCCUUUAUUCUCAAACUUUGCUAAAACUCUAUUUGAUUCGGGAUCUACACACUCUUUCAUCUCCUCUCGAUAUGCUAAGUUAUGUGAUAAGAAACCUGGACUUAUGGAUUAUGACUUGUCUGUGGCCACACCUAUGGGUGAUUCUUUGGUGUGUAAUUUUAUGCUUAAGUCUUGUGUCAUCAAAAUUGAGGAUAAGGAAAUGUUAGCAGAUUUGAUUGUGAUGGACAUGUAUGACUAUGAUGUAAUUUUGGGCAUGGACUGGCUGCCGGCUUAUCAUGCUAGUGUAGAUUGUUUUAGAAAAAAAGUGGUGUUUCGGCCUCUAGGAGAACAUGAAUUUCGGUUUAAGGGUUCUAGGAUGCAUGCUUUACCUAGGGUGAUAUCAGCCCUUCGAGCUAAGCAUCUUUUACGGAAAGGAUGCCAAGGGUACAUAGCUCAUGUGGUGGACACUAGGAAAGAUGUAUUGAAGUUGGAUGAUAUCCCUAUUGUAAGGGAGUUUCCUGAUGUCUUUCCUGAAGACCUACCAGGGAUACCUAUAGAUAGGGAGA